AUAUUCAUUCUGAAGAUAUAUUUAAAAGAACAACACAACACCUUUUGCUCCUGAAUGCUUCACUAAACACAACCAAAAUGCUGUUGGUUUAUUCUAGUUUGGUGUUUUACGCUGGUUUAUUUCUGGGUGUCGAAGGUCAUGGUCGACUGAUGGACCCUCCUUCCCGGUCUAGUAUGUGGCGUUUGGGGUUCAAGACUCCAGUCAACUAUGAUGAUAUUGAACUGUAUUGUGGUGGAAUAUCGCGUCAAUGGGAAAAGAAUCAUGGAAAAUGUGGUAUAUGUGGUGACCCUUAUGAUGGCCCAAGAGAGAACGAAGCAGGUGGUAAAUAUGCAACUGGAAUCAUCAGUCGCUAUUAUCACAAAAACCAAGUCAUCACAGUUGAUGUUGACCUCAAAAACAAUCACCUGGGUUGGUUUGAGUUCCGCUUGUGUCCAAACAACAAUGUAAAGAAACCUGCCACACAAGAGUGCUUGGAUAAAUAUCUUCUCCAAAGUGCUGAUGGUAGUGGUAGUCGUAUUAAAAUUGGUCGAAAGACUGGCCAUAUUUACACCAAGUUAAGGUUGCCAGCUGGUCUCACCUGUUCUCAGUGUGUCCUCCAGUGGAAGUAUCAUACAGGUAACACAUGGGGUAGAGGAGACAACUGUGUUGGAAUGGGAUGUUCUGAAGCACAAGAAGAAUUCUAUGGUUGUGCAGACAUAGGCAUCUUGGACAAAGGUGCACCAAUUCCAUCAACAAUACGUCCACGAACUCACAGACCUCAUAUCCGCAUCACUACCAGCCAUGUACAAAAACCAUCACAGCCUACAAGACGCCCUGCAAGCUACAAGAAUUGCCAUGCUAUUGGUUCCUGGGUCGGUAUCUAUGAUAAUUGGUGCAAAGACUUCUGCCCAAAAGGUAGCUGCCCAUCAAAUAUGUGUCGUUGUGACUGAAUUCUGGAAUAAAAUGAUUUCUGUAUUA